UAUGUACAACAGAAAUAUUUGAUAGUGUGGAAAUCCAUUAGGAGUAAGGAGAGAAUUGGAUGGGCGGAGGAGCGAUGGUGCCGACAGGGGUGAAGAUGGAGCUAAUGUCUGCUGACGAAACGGGGGCAUUUGAGAAGGAGGCUCCGCCGGACAAGGAUAUGAUGUGUCCGAUAUGCAUUCAGGUGAUAAGGGACGCGUUCCUCACUGCUUGUGGCCAUAGCUUCUGCCACAGCUGCAUCGUCACUCAUCUCGGAAUCAAGAGCGACUGUCCUUGCUGCGGUCAAUACCUCACCCCAAACCUCAUCUUCCCUAAUUUCUUGCUCGACAAGUUGUUGAGAAAAUCGUCCGCGUAUAUGAUAGAGAGGACCGGAUCUCCGUUGGAGCAUCUGCGCCGGAGAUUGCAUGAGGGUUGCGAUAUGUCAAUUAGAGAGGUGGAAGGGUUGUUGUCUCUUCUCGAAGAGAAGAAGAGGAAAAUGGAGCUGCAAGAGUCCGAGUCGGGCAUGGAGAUCAUGGUUGGGUUCUUGCAUUCCCUUGGAAGGCAAAAGCUAGAGGAGCUCAAUGAGAUACAAACUGAUCUUGAUUACAUUAAGGAGGACCUGAUUGCGGUGGAGAGACGUAGAUUUGAACUAUUCAGGCAACAACAUGAGAGGUCAUUGCAGAGUGAUGACAUUGUCUAUAAUGCGCAAUAUGUGCAAGCGCAGAUGAGUUCUAUCAAUUUACAUAGCAACAGGGCUGUUGUAAAUGAUGAUGAAACUCCUACAAGGUCUAUGCAGCCUAUAAAUCCACCAGGAGAACUGUCGACGGCAAGGAAAAGGCGUGUCCGUUCACAGUUCAACGACCUAGAAGAGUGUUACUUACAAAAGCGGCGAAAUGGGAACAAACAAGGGGAUUUAGAUGCUAUGGAUAUAGAAGAUUAUAAUCCAGGCCUUGAAGACUUUUACGCUAUGCUAAAGGGCUUUACAAAAUACAGUCGAUUGAGGGUCAUUUCUGAACUGAGACAGGGUGAUAUUUUUCACUCUGCAAAUAUUGUGUCAAGUAUAGAAUUUGAUCGAGACGAGGAAUUGUUUGCUACUGCUGGGGUUUCACGGUGCAUCAAGGUUUUUGAGUUUUCCUCGGUGAUUAAUGAACCUGAAGAUAUCCACUGUGCUGUCGAAGAGAUAUCCACACGAUCCAAACUUAGUUGCUUGAGUUGGAACAAGUACGCUAAAAACCAAAUUGCUAGUAGUGACUACGAGGGGAUAGUAACAGUUUGGGAUGUAAAUACUCGUCAGAGUGUGAUGGAAUAUGAAGAACAUGAAAAGCGAGCUUGGAGCGUCGAUUUCUCAAGCACCGAUCCGUCAAUGCUUGUGUCUGGAAGUGAUGACUGCAAGGUCAAAAUUUGGUGCACAAAUCAAGAAGAAAGUGCUUUGAACAUCAACAUGAAGGCAAACAUUUGUUCUGUCAAGUAUAAUCCCGGAUCCAGCUUUUUCGUUGCGGUUGGUUCUGCAGAUCAUCACAUUCAUUAUUAUGACUUGAGAAAUAUCAGCCAACCACUGCAUGUAUUUAGCGGGCAUAGGAAAGCUGUUUCGUACGUGAAAUUCUUGUCUAACACUGAACUUGCUUCUGCAUCGACUGACAGCACAUUGCGAUUGUGGGAUGUAAAGAAGAACUUGCCGUUAUGCACGUACAGAGGUCACAUGAAUGAGAAGAACUUUGUAGGCCUCGCAGUGAGUAAUGACUACAUUGCUUGCGGCAGCGAGACCAAUGAAGUGUUCGUUUAUCACAAGGGUAUCCCAAAACCUAUGGCUUGGCAUAAAUUUGUCUCUUCGGAUUUAAACUACGAAGACGAUGGUGCAGGAUCAUACUUCAUCAGUGCUGUGUGUUGGAAGAGGGACAGUCCAAUGAUACUGUCAGCAAACAGUCAAGGAACAGUUAAAGUUCUUGUCCUUGCAGCCUGAGCAGCAACUCAACACAGGAAGCAUUAUCAGCACUCUCAAAUCAAAGAUUUUUAUAGAUUUUAUAGAAAUUUAAGACUUUUAUGACAUAUUUACCCAGAGUGCUUCUUUGUUAUAGAAAAUGGAUGAAACUAAAUCUCAGUUGAAUCCGUUAAUGUCAUAUGAUGUAGCUUCACCAAGGGGUUCUCCCUUUUCAGGCUCUCAGUUAGACUACACCUCCAAAACCCUAAACCGAAUUGAAUCAUCGUUGGUUUCAUUUUAAUCGAAAGAAG